ACGGGAUCUCGCUGGACAGUCAUUAAAAAAGUCCACUUCUACCGAGACACGCACACGACGGACAGCCCCAGUGGAAUCCAUUAGUUUUAGCAUGUUCUUUUAAUGAGGGGCUGCUGGGAACAGCUGAUGAAUCUGCCAAAUGACUUAAACGAGAUGGGCGUACUACUCUCCAGAGUGAAUAACAGAUGUAGAGGAAACUCCAGAGAGCCUGUCAACAGAUCCGAAACGGUGAGCAGCAUCUGUUACAGAGAGGUCAACAGUUCGGACAGCGACCAUUCCAUCAUACCUAUUCAGAACAAAGCAGUGUGUGAGCCAGAGGGGGUGCUGGUUCCUGCUCUUCCAGUAACAGCGUAUGUGGAGAGAGGCUACAUCACCCCACAGCAAGUGUACAACCAGCUGAGCGCAGAGGAGGGUCAGCCUGCCCUUUAUGAUCCUUACUACAUCCUCAUCCUGGACUGUCGCAGCACAGAGAGGUACGAGGAAAGCCACGUGGUGACAGCGCGGGCUGCUGUGACGGUGAUUCAUCCUGUGCUGGGCUGUCUGAUCAGCUGUAUAGAGCUGCAGAAGUAUUCUACAAUCCUGCUGUAUGCAGUGGAGGGAUGCAGUCCAGUGGGCAGUGUGAAGGCCAGGAUAGACUCUCCAGACCUCCUGCACUGUUUCUUCCAGCUCAGCGGUUUGGGAAUGGACCCUGUCAUUAUGCUGGGGGGAUUUUCGGCCUUCCAUGCCCUCUACCCUUUCCUCUGCACACCACGUAUGGUCCUGCUGGAACCUGAGCGGCACACUCUCACCAUCUACCCCUCAGAGAUCCUGGAAGAAGCCCUCUAUCAGGGCUCUGCCUCCCAGGCCUCUGACUACCGCAUCAUCAAGAAUCUACACAUCACACACGUGGUCAACGCCACCGCCAACUGCCCCGAUGCUUUCCCCAACAUGCUGUGCUACCUGAGGCUGUGUCUGAGCGACGACGCCCAGCAGGACCUGGUGGAGGCACUGCCGCUGGCCUCCAGGUUCAUCAACUCCGCCCUGAUGGCCGAGCCUGCGGGCCGCGUUCUCGUCCACUGCAGUGUCGGCAGGAGUCGCAGUUCUGCACUAACGCUGGCCUUCCUCAUGGAGCAUCGCCGCUGGCCACUGCUUCACGCCCUGCGCUGGUUGAAGGAGAGGAGGGCGUGCUCGGCACCCAACAUGAACUUCCUGCGUCAGCUGCUGACCUAUGAGGAGCUGCUGUUUGGGAGAAAACUCACCUCCCUGAACGACAUCCUCCGAUGACUGGAGUAAGGAGGGGAGGGGAAUGGAAAGGAGGAUACGCUGGAUUCAGGCGGAUUCAGGCGGAUUCAGAUUGUGGUUCGUAGCUGGAAAGAAAUUGGAUGGGCCUGUGUUUUUUUAUGCUUAGGUUUAAAAAUAUAUGAUAUGGGGAGAGAAAAAACUGGCUGAUUGGUAGUGAAUUUUAGUUUCCUUGUACUCAUGUCAAAAAUACCACAGGCACAUUUAUCUUAUUGUUAUUCCAAUAGGUACUGGUUUUAGUAUUACUUCUAAAAUAUUUUAUAUUUUGAAUCCUGUUUUUAGUUUACUUUUCUAAAUCAGUUUACUUAAUCUACUGAUUUUAUCUUACUCUUAUUGCUAUUCUAUUUUGCACUAUUGUUAGUAUUACUUUACAAACACAUUAUAUUUAUUACUCGGUUGUGUUUUUUAUUCUUAUAUUGUUGUGAUUUUCAAGCAUCUCUGGCACAAGAAUUUCCUUCAGGAUUUAUAAAGUUAUCUUAACUUGUAUCGAUGAGCCAGUUAGAUGAAUGCCUUUAUAACCUAUAAGACGGAAAAUAAUAACAAAUAAUAUUCAGGGCUAUACCGAACAGUUCAAAGCUUGCAUCUAUCUUGCAUAUAAUGUCUAUUUGUUGUGUUUUAACCGGGUAUUUCUGUACACUUGCGUCUACACUAAUAUUAUGUAUAUUAUUAUUGUAUUAUGCUAUUUGUAGAAUUAGAUUACAGUAGUGGCUGC